CAGCACCUUGUCCCUGGGAAUAACUUCUCUCAGCGACUCCCCUGCUCUGUGUGGGGCUCGUGAGUCGGCCUAUUAGCUUGGUUCAAGCUUUCCAGUACAGCAAGUUCCUUGGUUUAUCCGCUGAGAAUAGAAUGAAGGCUUUGAACGAUCACCUUGCUGAACGAAGUUAUAUUGGUGGCUUCACAUUCUCUCAAGCUGACGUGGAAGUAUUCCGGUCACUUCCAAAACCACCUCUUGAUCAAUACUUCCAUGUGAUGCGGUGGUACAGGCACAUUGCAGCAAUUUGGGAUUGCACCCAAGAUGAUGCCAAGACCUGUGAACUCCACACAUCCAAAGCGAAGAGAACCCAACCACCAUGGGCCCCACCACCAGAAGUGAAACAACCUGAGUUAAGACUGUAUAACAGUUUGACACGCAGGAAGGAGAUAUUUCGUCCCCAGAAUGGGAAACGUGUAUUAUGGUACUGCUGCGGGCCCACUGUUUAUGAUGCCUCACAUAUGGGACACGCCAGGUCCUACAUUUCCUUUGACAUUCUGCGACGGAUUCUGAUGAAUUACUUCAAAUAUGAUGUAUUCUACUGUAUGAACAUCACAGAUGUAGAUGACAAGAUUAUCAAGCGAGCUCGACAGAAUCACCUAUUUGAACAGUACAAAGAGAAAAAUUUGUCUCCUAUACAACUUCUACAGGACAUCAGUGAGGCUCUGAAGUUUUUCUCUGUGAAAUUUGCUGAAGCCACUGACCCAGACAAGAAGCAGAUGCUGCAGAGAGUCAAUCAAGCAGUUGAGUCAUCCCAGAAAUCCCUGGAAGAGGCGAUGCAACAAGCACUUUCCAAUGGGGAGAUUACCAAACGGGCUAAGUUGCUGUUGGAUAAUUCAAAGGAUAUGUUGUCUGAUUGGCUGGAUGUUCAAUUUGGUAGUCAGGUGACUGACAAUUCCAUCUUUUCUACUCUUCCCAAGUACUGGGAGGGAGAAUAUCACAAAGAUAUGGAUGCACUUAAUGUUUUGCCUGCAGAUGUUUUAACUCGAGUGAGUGAAUAUGUUCCUGAGAUUGUGCAGUUUGUUAAGCAGGUGGUUGAUAAUGGUUAUGGAUAUGUCUCCAACGGUUCGGUAUAUUUUGACACGGUGAAAUUUGACAGCAGUGAGAAGCAUUCAUAUGCCAAAUUGGUGCCUGAAGCUGUCGGAGACCAGAAAGCACUGCAUGAAGGAGAAGGUGACCUUAGUAUUUCAGCUGAUCGACUAAGUGAGAAGCACUCUCCCAAUGAUUUUGCACUGUGGAAAGCCUCCAAGCCUGGAGAACCAUCUUGGGAUUCGCCCUGGGGAAAGGGCCGCCCCGGUUGGCACAUCGAAUGUUCAGCAAUGGCUGGCAGCAUUCUUGGAGAAUCCAUGGACAUCCACGGUGGAGGAUUUGACCUACGAUUCCCUCAUCAUGACAAUGAAUUGGCCCAGUCUGAGGCUUAUUUUGAAAAUGAUCACUGGGUUCGAUACUUCCUGCAUACUGGACAUCUAACCAUAGCAGGUUGCAAGAUGUCAAAAUCUUUAAAAAAUUUUAUAACGAUCAAAGACGCACUGAAUGCAAAUACAGGUCGACAGCUACGCCUAGCAUUUCUCAUGCACUCCUGGAAGGACACACUGGAUUAUUCCAGCAAUACCAUGGAAUCAGCUGUUCAGUACGAAAAGUUCUUAAAUGAGUUCUUUCUGAAUGUGAAGGAUAUUUUGCGGAGUCCCACCGAUAUAACAGGACAAUAUGAGAGGUGGCAGGAGCAGGAGUUGACACUUAAUAACCGCUUUUAUGAGAAAAAAACAGCUGUGCACAAGGCACUGUGUGAUAACAUUGACACCCGUACUGUAAUGGAAGAGCUGCGUUCCCUUGUGAGCCAAUGUAACACAUACACUGCUGCAAAGAAAAGCAACAAACAGUUACCAAAUCGAAUGCUGUUGAGGAGCAUUGCAUUGUAUCUCACUGAGAUGCUGAAGAUCUUUGGAGCAAUAGAGGGUGAAGAACCAAUUGGAUUCCCUGUUGGAGGAGGCAGCCAAAAUUUAAAUGUGGAAACCACCAUCAUGCCUUACCUCAAAGUGCUAUCAGGUUUUCGUGAGAAUGUUCGACAAAUUGCCCGUGAGAAGAAAGUGAGUGAGGUUCUGCAGCUGUGUGAUGACGUUCGAGAUGACAUCCUUCCAGAGCUUGGCGUUCGGUUUGAAGACCAUGAAGGAUUACCCACUGUGGUGAAAUUUGUGGACAGAGAGACAUUGCUGAAGGAGAGGGAAGAGAAGAAAAAGAUUGAAGAAGAGAAAAAGAGGAAGAAGGAAGAAGCAGCCCAGAAAAAACGAGAACAGGAGGCAGCAAAACUGGCCAAGAUGAAGAUUCCUCCCAGUGAACUGUUCAGAUCAGAAAAAGACAAAUACUCCAAAUUUGAUGACAAUGGAUUUCCAACUCAUGAUGCUGAGGGUAAAGAACUUAGCAAGGGACAGACAAAGAAACUUCGGAAGCUUUAUGAAAUUCAGGAGGAACGGUAUAAUGAAUAUUUGCGGACUUUGCAGAAUAGCAGCACCAACUAAAUGCUUUACAAUGA